UAAACUAGUGCUACCUUGACCCAAGGAUAUAUCCGAGAUCUGCGUGAUGGCGAGGAAGAAAAGCAAACAACAAGGAGUCGGGAGCAAGGAGCUGGUGUCCGGACAACAGAGCAUAUCGAAGAGCCCCGUUUCUCCCGGAGAUGCAGCUGGCGGGGAUGCAGGGCUGGAUAGACUGGCGGCCAGGGCGAACCAGCCAAUGCACACCUGCUGCCUCCUGUGUCACCGUGAGUUUAAGGACUGGGGGGCGAGCUCAGCCAACGGUCUGCCUGGGGGCCACGGGCUUAAGCUAGCUGACGCUGUCCCAGCCCUGUCCCAGGCCCUGCUCAGAGAGGUGCCGGGCCAGAAGCUGUCCGACACCGUGCCUUCGCUAAGCCAGUCUCUACUGGGAGAGGUGCCACUCUGGAUCUGCCAGAGCUGUCGGAAGAGCGUUGAGGAGGAGGAGAGACGGAGCGCACAGGAAACGGCUGCACCGGUUCCGUUGUCCCACUCAUCGUUGUGUAGGGCUCAGAGCUGUAGUGAAGGUUACCCAGAGCAGAGCUCGGUAGACUGGGACCCAUCCUCCUUCCUCUCAGCCCACAAGCUCUCUGGUCUCUGGAACUCGGCUCACAACAAUGGAGGGAUCCACUGCAACCACAGCACUGCCUCGCACGCACAGCAAGGAACAGGGGGACCAGCGUGUCAUGAGAAGCGAGUCUCUCACGAGGCUCCUGGGAAAUCUGCUAAAACGCCUGGGGCCAAAGUGUGCCCCUACAGCCACCCUUCCCAGAAUUCCAGUGGUUCUUCCCCCGGGAACCCGCUCUCUACCUCCGGGGACCUCUGUAAGACCACCCCAAAGCACUUCAAGACCAUGUGCCGACGACCAACACCGCCUGGGGAAGCAUUCCACCCCAGCGACCACCACCAACACUCAGACCUGUCUGUCCCCCCCAACAGCCCCACUGGCCUCUCCUCCUCCUCCUCUCAGCAUUCCUCUCUCCUGCCCCUCAAGCAGAGCUCCGGAGGGCAGCAGCACGGCCAUGUCACAUCCUCCUCCUCCUCUCCCGGUCUAGCUGCUCACGCCCCCUUCUCCCCGCUGGUACCAAACCUUCACGUCCCCGUGGCAGGGGCCAAGCUGGGGGCCCUGGGUGGCCCUGACUGCCCAGCAGGGGCCAAGCUGGGGGCCCUGGGUGGCCCUGACUGCCCAGCAGGGGCCAAGCUGGGGGCCCUGGGUGGCCCUGACUGCCCAGCAGGGGCCAAGCUGGGGGCCCUGGGUGGCCCUGACUGCCCAGCAGGGGCCAAGCUGGGGGCCCUGGGUGGCCCUGACUGCCCAACAGGGGCCAAGCUGGGGGCCCUGGGUGGCCCUGACUGCUCAGCAGCGGCCCUCCAUAAGCCCUUGGCAUGUAAGAACUCACACAUUCCUCCCGUGAACGGCCAGCACAGCAAACUGGGCCCCUCCCAGAUGGGCUGUAACCACCCCUGUAAUGGCCACAGUGGGGGGGCGCUGCCCUCUCCCAACGUGGGACACCUGACCGCUGGCGCCUGCAGGGACCAGGCGUGUAAAGGACAUAAGCUGUCUAACGGGGCGGGGGGGUUGUGUCACCCCCCUUCGGAGCUGGAGGAGGGGGAGGACGAGGACUCUAGUUCUGAGAGGAGCUCCUGUGCUUCCUCCUCAAACAACCAGAAGGAUGGGAAGUACUGUGACUGCUGCUACUGUGAGUUCUUCGGACACAACGCGGUAUGUAUAGUAGUGAUGGAGGGGUGUUGUGAUGUCAUUAUGGG